GGAGUUUUCAGGUAGUGGGUCAGUCGAGGACAGAAGAUGCUCCCUCUUGGUCUGGAUACGCAGCUGCCGUCGCUCACUAUGAAAGCCAAACCAAUGAGUUGCAUGAGACGAUACGCGGAGACUGAAGAGCCACUUCAAAGUUAUCCAGUAAUAUGGAGACCAUGGAUUCCCUGUCACAGAGAAACUGGACUUCUAGAUAAAUUUGGCCAAGGGAAUGUGUCAUCAAGAACCAGACAGAUGAACAAAGGUGCCCAUGGAUUCCAGCACCCUGCCAGGCUCUUCAUGCCAAAGUCCAGGACUGAGGAAUAUCUGUCUCAUUUGGGGAAGAAGGUCUUGGACAGUUUCCCUGUCCAAGCCACUCUCCACUUCUACAACGAUGACUCCAGCUCUGAGGAAGACAAUGAUGAAGAUAUGGAGGAAGAGCUGGAGGUUAAUUCACUCAGUUUGGAUCACAGGUCCCAUCCCCUCAGAGAGAAUUCAUAGGUAGUUAGUCUUUGCUGUUUUGGAAACAAGCAGGGGUGAUUGGACAAGGGAGAGAGACAGUGCAGCAGGUCACAGGAGAUAUGCUACUUCCAUGGUGAGGGUCUAGUAGAGGAUCCAAGGUGUUCACCUGAGACAGCCACAGGAAGCCGGGAAAGGCCAGGUCACUGGCUGCAGUUGGCCUCACUGAGGUGAUUCUGUUUACACCAGCUCAGUGUCAACACACCUUUAACCCAGAUAUGGCCAUUUUCCUUGACAACGUCCUAUGUUCUCAGGACCUUGUCAUGCAAACUCAAGUUGGCCUUGUGCUGGUCCCUCCUUUUUUGUUUGUAGUGAAACAUUUUCUCUGCUUUCUACCUUUUGUAUUUAUAAUAAUUUUUUAUUUGUUUAUGAAAAAGUGUGUUAUAAAUUGCUGGACAUUUGAGUUACUGUGUAGAUGGUUUGUUGGUUGAAAUGUAAAGAAUGUAUGUGGAUAGAAUUGAGUAUUAAUGUGCUUAGCUAAUUAGUGAAUAUGUUGGUAUGGAUGCAAAGUAAACUUAAAAAGGCCUUUUUCUUUAUUAAUUUCAAUUAUUUUAGCAUUUGAGUUAAGCAAUAAACAUUUAUUUCA